AUGUUUUCCUUUCGACCUGUACGUGUUACUACCCGUUACGCAAGAUUAUUCCCUCGCUCUAAAGUUCCGUUUGCCCUAUCGAAUACGUCAACUGCUUUACCAGAUGUUCUGAUAAUAAACAAAAUCCAUCCUCAAAUUGAUCUUCCAAGGCUUCUUUCGCUUACUUCGAAGGUUCCCGCGGAAAAAACGACACCGUUUUCCACCAAGUUACGAAAUUUUAUUUCAGGAUCGUUUGGAAUCAUCGCCGGUCUUUUCCUCUUUGAAUACUAUUUUGAUUCAAGGGCGUCGAUUCAUAAAUAUGUUAUUAUGCCAAUAUUAAGAACCGUUGUCGAUCCUGAGCAUAGCCAUAAUCUUGCUGUGUGGGUGGCAAAAUGGCGGUUAACACCUAAAGACAAAAUUCCAGACGAUGAAAAAUUAUCCGUGAAGGUGUUUAGGAAAAAAAUUACAAAUCCUGUUGGUUUGGCAGCAGGCUUUGAUAAGAAUGGUGAAGCUAUAGAUAGUUUAUUUGACCUUGGGUUUGGUUAUGUGGAGAUCGGAAGUGUUACUCCCGAACCGCAG